GGACACCGAUCUACCGUGCGCAGCCAUCCACGGUGUGAUGAAAAAGUAUCCGGCAGAAGGCAAAAACAAACAGCGAGCCGGGCAGGCAGAAAACGGGAGUACAGAGAGGACCGCGGCGGGGACCGAUUGCAGUGGAUGAUCUGGGGGGAUCUUUUUGCCCCAAAGAGGGGUGGACGUGCACGUACUCCAACGCCACACAAAGUGCAGACCUGCCUCACGGAUGCAUGUUAGAAGACAAUCAGAGGAGCUCGGCCAGUGCAAAACCUCCAAUGGAUAUACCUGAAGACGCAGCAGCUUCUCCUUUACCCUCCCCGACCAGCUUCACUGUUUCCCUGCAGGACACCGCUCUCUGAGACAUGGACCCGCGUUAACAUCUUCCACCCAACUCCCUGCACCACUAUGGUUAAAGUGUAUGCCGAGAUUAAUCUCUGUAACAUUAUCCGCCUCUCCACCCUCCGCCCAUCUUCCUCAGGAAGUCAGCCGUCAAAACAAGAAAGCGUCCCUCUCUCGGCUCUCUGGGGGGCGUCAAUAUUUGUGAAGAGACACUGAGCGAUACACUGUUCUCCUGUCAUUUAGGGAAUUUAUAAGCCUGGAGGCGAGUUGUGUCAAUUUACCUUCCCUUCUCCAUUCACAGUACAGCAGUAUGGUGGUAGGAAUGUCCACUAUUUCCUUAUGAUCACCGCUCCAUGCGCUUCACCUCUCCACUGAGAUCCGUGGCCCCCUCACCCUGCGCGCCGGACCCCGUACCAAUCACCCCCCCCAGCCUGCCAUGCUCCUCCAGGCCGUGUUCCUGCUGCUGCUGCACUGCUUGGGCUCCACUCUGGGCCAGUACGAACUGUGCAAGUCCCUGGUGAGCACGGAUGAGGGCUCGGUGUGGGAGCAGUACGCGUGCCAGCCGAAAUCCGCAUCCAUGAAAGACUACAUGCGGAUCAAGGUGGAUCCGCCCGGGAUCACGUGUGGAAACCCACCCGAGAGGUUCUGCACUCUGGAGAAUCCAUACCUGUGCAGUGACGAGUGUGACGCCUCUAAUCCAGACUUGGCCCACCCGCCUCAGCUGAUGCAGGACCGUGAACGUAACGGCCUACUCACCUACUGGCAGACAGUCACAUGGAGCCGCCACCCAGAGCCCCUGCUGGCCAACAUCACCAUGUCCUGGAACAAGAGUCUAGAGCUCACAGACGACAUCCAGAUCACCUUUGAAUACGGCCGUCCUACCAUCAUGGUACUGGAUAAGUCCAUGGACCAUGGACGCUCCUGGCAGCCCUAUCAGUUCUACGCUGACGACUGCAUGGACGCCUUCAACAUGCCACCCAAACGUGUGCGUGACCUUUCCCCGGCCAACAUCACACGGGUCAUCUGCACCGAGCAGUACUCGCGCUGGGUCGGCUCCAAGAACGAGAAGAAUGUGAAGUUCGAGGUGCGGGCACGCUUUGCCGUGUUCGCAGGACCACGGCUACAGAACAUGGACAGCCUGUACACUCGCAUGGAAAGUAUGAAGGGAUUGAGGGACUUCUUCACCUUCACCAACCUUAGGAUGAGGCUUCUCAGGCCCGCUCUCGGAGGCACCUAUGUCCAGAGAGACAAUCUGCUCAAGUACUUCUAUGCCAUCUCCAACAUCGAGGUACCUGCCAGGUGUAAGUGUAACCUUCAUGCCUCCCAGUGCCUGCUGCAGGAUGGGAACCUCCAGUGCCAGUGUGAACACAACACCACUGGCCAGGACUGCCAGCGCUGCAGGAAGGGCUUCAAAGCCAAGUCCUGGAAGGCUGGUUCCUACCUGCCAGCACCCAAUGGAACCCCCAACACCUGUACAAUUGCUGGUUCACCCUCCGGUUCUAUCUCCCACAAGUCUGAGAGACGCCUACAUGAAACUCAUGGCCACAAAACAACAACCUCACCUCAGCACGGGGGGGAAAGGGAGGAGGAGGAAAAAGAAAGAAUAACUGACAAGACAGUUCCCCAAAUGUCUGAAGGACAUGAACAUGAGACUCACGGCCACAAAACAACAACCUCAUCUGAACACAGGGAGGAAAGGAUGGAUGAGGAAAAAGAAAGCAAAGCUGAAAGGAAAGUCUCCCACAAUUUUGGGGAACACGUACACGAGACUAAUGGCCACAAAACCUCAUCUGAGCACGGAGAAGAAAGGAAGGAGGAGGAGCAUAAAGAAAGAAACACUGAGGAGACAGUCCCCCACAUGUCUGAGGAACACACGCAUGAAAGUCAUGGCCACACAACAUCAUCCGAGCACGGGCAGAAAAGGCAAGAGGCAGAGCAUAAAGUCUCCCACAAGUCUGAGGAACACGCACACAAGACUCAUGGCCACAAAACAACAAGCUCAUCUGAACAUGGAGAGGAAAGGGAGGAGCAUAAAGAAAGAAAAGUUGAAAGUAAAGCCUCCCACAAGUCUGAGGGACAUAUACAUGAGACUCAUGGCCACAAAACAACAACCUCAUCUGAGCACGGCCAGAAAAGGGAGGAGGAUGGGAAUAAAGCCGAAACAAAAGUCUCCCACAAGUCUGAGGGACACGUACAGGAGACUCAUGGCCACAAAACAACAACCUCAUCUGAGCACGGACAGAAAAGGGAGGAGGAGCAUAAAGCCUCCCAGAAUUUUGAGGGACACGUACACGAGACUCAUGGGCAUAAAACCUCGUCUGAACACGGGGAGGAAAGGGAGGAGGAGCAUAAAGAAAGAAAAAUUGAAAGGAAAGUUUCCCACACAACUGAGGGACACGUUCAUGACACUCAUGGGCACAAAACAACAACCUCAUCUGAGCACGGACAGAAAAGGGAGGAGAAGCAUAAAGUCUCCCACACAUCUGAGGGACACGUUCAUGACACUCAUGGGCACAAAACAACAACCUCAUCUGAGCACGGACAGAAAAGGGAGGAGGAGCAUAAAGUCUCCCACACAUCUGAGGGACAAGGACAUGAGACUCAUGGGCACAAAACGACAACUUCAUAUGAGCAUGGACAGAAAAGGGAGGAGGAGCACAAAGUCUCCCACACAUCUGAGGGACAAGGACAUGAGACUCAUGGGCACAAAACAACAACCUCAUCUGAGCAUGGGCAGAAAAGGGAGGAGGAGCAUAAAGUCUCCCACACAUCUGAGGGACAAGGACAUGAGACUCAUGGGCACAAAACAACAACCUCAUAUGAGCACGGACAGAAAAGGGAGGAGGAGCAUAAAGUCUCCCACACAUCUGAGGGACAAGGACAUGAGACUCAUGGGCACAAAACAACAACCUCAUAUGAGCACGGACAGAAAAGGGAGGAGGAGCAUAAAGUCUCCCACACAUCUGAGGGACAAGGACAUGAGACUCAUGGGCACAAAACAACAACCUCAUAUGAGCACGGACAGAAAAGGGAGGAGGAGCAUAAAGUCCCCCACACAUCUGAGGGACAAGGACAUGAGACUCAUGGGCACAAAACAACAACCUCAUCUGAGCACGGGCAGAAAAGGGAGGAGGAGCAUCAAGUCCCCCACACAUCUGAGGGACAAGGACAUGAGACUCAUGGGCACAAAACGACAACUUCAUAUGUGCACGGGGAGGAAAGGGAAGAGGAGAAGCAUAAAGAAAGAAAAGCUGAAAAGAGAGACUGUGAGUGCUAUGGCCACUCCAACCGCUGCAGCUACAUCGACUACCUGAACAUCGUCACAUGCGUCAGCUGCAAGCACAACACCAGGGGCCAGAACUGCCAACACUGCAGACUGGGAUACUUCCGCAACGCCUCUGCCGAACUGGAUGAUGAGAGCGUCUGCAUCGAGUGUAACUGCAACCAGAUGGGUUCUGUUCAUGACCGAUGUAAUGGCACGGGCUUCUGCCAGUGUAAAGAAGGUGCCACGGGGGCCAAGUGUGAUGACUGUGUGCCAGGAUACUACUGGAAACAAGGCUGUUACUCUAACGUUUGUGACGAGGAGAUGCUCCUGUGCCAGAAUGGAGGAACGUGUUACCAGAACCAGAAGUGCAUCUGUCCUCCAGAGUUUAAGGGGGUUCUGUGCCAACAAUCCCGCUGUGAGGCGGGCAAGGACUGCAAUGCUGUCUCUUCCCUGCACUUCUCCAUGGCCACCCUGCUGCUCUGCACUCUGCUAUCCCACCUGCUGGCCAUGUUAACUGCCCACUGAGCCACGAAAGCCCCCUCAGACCAAGGAGUGUGUGUGUGUGUACGUGAGGCGAGGGGUGACCCAGAGCGGGCAGGGCCAUCCCAGUCACGGCCCCAACGAACACACACCGCAGCACUUGCAAAAGCGCACACACUACACUAAUAAGCCCCAGUCUGCUACACACACACACACACACACACACACACACACACACACACACACACACACACCUCACA